AGCCCAACCUCGAAUCCCACUAUAACUUCGAUCCUGGCAUCCGGUGCCAUCCUGGCCGGGAUGGCACCGGAUCAUUUCAUUGUACUUUUAGCACGUUUUCUCUUUGGCUCCUCUGCCACGCUUUCCAUCCGAGAGAACUGGCCGUCAGAAGUUUCUAGUUCGUAUCAGCCAACAUCCGUCUAGUCCGAUAGAAAUUUUAUCCCAUCUAAUCGUCAUGGCCAUCAUUUUUCUUAUGAGCGUCUUCGUGCAGCAGAGUUGAAGAAUACGGGCCUAGGUCACCUAGAAAGUCGAGGAUUACAGUUGCAUGCGUCAAAGUUCCAUCACAUUCGAGAGUGAUUUUUUCAAGAUCAUGACCUUGAAAUCGACUCCAGGUCCAAUGGGUUUUCACACGCAGUCUCGUUGCUGGAAGUUAGCUUUGGGGAACCUGAUGCCCUUCUUGCAUUCAAGGACGGGAUCGUGAACUAUUCGGAGGUGCCUUGGAUGAUUGGACUCAAGGCAAGCGAUCAGAGUCAGCUGCAUGUUACUGCUCUCCAGUUUUCUUUGCUUUAUUUGACUGGCUCGUUGGGCCCCUCGUUGUGCAAUCUUCCGGACCUCGAAGAGCUCCAUCUGGACCAAAACUCGACGGCUCUCGAGAUAACGAUUCCUGAACCUGGAAGACAAUCUGCUCUACGGAAGCAUUCCUGAAGAACUGGGAAAUCUGACAAGCCUGCAGGUACUGAACCUUGGCUCUAAGGGAUGGCAACUUUUUACCGCAAACGUGGUACAUGUCAGGUCUGAAUUAUCAUGGUUCCUUGCAAAUGGGAACUCAUUUACUGGAACGUUUCCUUGGAUCCUCCUCUCUUGUCACACCUUGGUGACGUUGGAUCUCAGCAACAACAUAAAUUUAAGAGCAGUGGUCGCUUUUUCAAGAUAGUGCUGAUAAUAUUGCAACAAAGGUGAUGAGAUGUGUAGCAAUUAAUGGUGAAGGGUCUACAUGACUCUCCUUAAGGUCUAGUAAUUUAAUUUUAGAUGUAUUUAUUGAAAAAAACAUAGAACGGUAGAACAAAUUAGCUGAUUACAUUGGUCCAUGCUAAAUUAGCUAAAACAACGAGGGUAAAUUAGAUACAUGGGAUGAAAUUUCUUUCGAACUCUAGAGAGCUAGAAGCUUCUGACGGCCAGUGCUUUCUGAUAGAAAUCGUUGCAGAAAAUCCAACAAUAAAACAUGCUAAAAGUACAAUGAAAUGACCCGAUGCCAUCCGGGUUACUGUUAGAUUGGAAGUUGGACUGAUGGGAUUCAAGCAUUAAUAGAUGUUGCUCCCAGAGCCCAUUUGCUAUUCCUCAAGCAAGUGGAUGAUAUAUCAACAAAGAGUUCAUGAGUCUU